CAUUAAUUGUUUGUGGCAUCUCAGGUGAUGAUGCAGACCUGUGCAGUGAGUUACUGCAGGAGUCUCUGGACGCUCUGCGGGCUCUCCCAGAAGCUACACUGUUUGAUGAGGGCACAGUGUCGCCCGUCUGGCUGGAGGUGGUCGAGAGGGCCACCAAAUUCCUCAGUGACAUUCAUGGAAUUGCCAGUGGAAAAGCGCCCAGUAACAUUCCCCUGCAGGAUCAGCACCUGGCCCUGGCCAUCCUUCUGGAGCUUGCAGUGCAGCGAGGAACUCUCAGUCAGCUGCUGUCUGCAGUUUUGCUGCUGCUGAGGCUCUGGGACAGUGGAACGAGAGAAAUGGAUAAUGAGCGCUCGACCCAGGGCACCAGCGCCCCCUUACUGCCCCUCCUGCAGCGCUUCCAGAACAUCCACAGCAGUAAGGAGGAGCCUGUUCCUGAAGAGGAGAUUGAGAUCCUUUCGGCCCCUCUGAGCCCAAAUGAGAGUUUUCUGCGCUACCUUACACUGCCUCAAGAUAAUGACCUGGCCAUUGAUCUGCGGCAGACAGCUGUAGUCAUCAUGGCACACUUGGACCGCCUGGCGGCCCCAUGCAGCCCCCCGCAGUGCAGCUCACCCACCUCUAACAAGAGUACUCUGCAGGAGGUGAUUGGUUGGGGUCUGCUUGGAUGGAAACCUUACGCUAAUGUGAAUGGACCAAUUCAGUGCAAGGCACUGUCAAACCUGGGCGUCACACAGAUUGUCUGCUCAGAGAAGGGUUUCCUCAUCUUGACCAUCACUGGUGCCGUCUACACACAAAACUACAAAAGCACUACGCUAGCCCCUAUGCUAGUACACGCAUUGUCAUCCAGGAAAAUAAUGGAGCUUGCAGCUCACCCGGAUGGGCAGCACUACUUGGCACUUUCAGUCAAUGGGGAGGUGUUCUCAUGGGGUUGUGGAGAUGGAGGCAGGCUAGGACAUGGAGACACUACGUAUUUAGAGGAACCCACCAUGAUUGCAGUAUUCUCAGGGAGGCCGGCAGGGAAGCAAGUUAUUCACAUCGCGUGUGGCAGCACGUACAGCGCAGCGAUCACAGCAGACGGAGAGCUGUACACAUGGGGCCGAGGAAACUACGGCAGGCUAGGCCACGGCUCUAGUGAGGACCAGACCACUCCCAUGCUGGUAACUGCUCUGAAGGGGCUUAAGGUCAUCUAUGUGGCAUGUGGAAGUGGAGAUGCUCAGACCCUCGCUGUGACUGAGAAUGGUCAGGUUUGGUCAUGGGGUGAUGGUGACUAUGGUAAACUCGGUCGUGGGGGUAGUGAUGGAUGCAAAACGCCAAAACUUGUGGAGAAGUUACAGGAUUUGGAUAUGGUGAAGGUGUGCUGUGGGAGCCAGUUCUCCGUAGCUCUCACUAAAGAUGGACAAGUGUACACUUGGGGCAAAGGAGACAAUCAGAGACUUGGCCACGGCACUGACGAACACGUCCGCUAUCCCAAACUGCUCGACAGUCUACAAGGUAAGAGGGUGGUGGAUGUAGCAGUUGGCUCUACACACUGCCUGGCCCUCACAGAAGAAGGAGAGGUGCACAGUUGGGGCAGUAAUGAUAAACUUCAGCACUUUGACACGCUCUUCUCCAAUAAGAAGCAGCCUAAAGCCCUGCCAGGCCUUAAUUCUAAACACAUAAUAGGCAUCUCCUGUGGCCCUGGCCAGAGUUUUGCAUGGUCGUCAUGCUCUGAGUGGUCCGUAGGGCUCCGUGUACCAUUUGUGGUGGACGUGUGCACAAUGACGUUCGACCAGCUGGACCUGCUGCUUCGGCAGGUCAGUGAGGGCAUGGACGGCAGCUCUGAUUGGCCACCGCCGCAGGAGAAAGAGUGCAUGGUUGUGGCCGCUCUCAACCUGCUCAGAUUACAGCUCCAUGCAGCCAUCAGUAACCAGGUGGACCCUGAGGAGCUAGGUUUGGGCUUGGGAAGCGGGCUGCUUAAUAACCUCAAGCAGACAGUGGUGACGCUGGCCAGCAACGCCGGGGUUUUAAACACUGUGCAGGUGGCUGCCCAGGCCGUGCUCCAGAGUGGCUGGUCAGUGCUACUGCCCACUGCAGAGGAAAGAGCGAGAGCCCUGUCCUCACUGCUGCCCAAUGCAGCAUCUGCUAAUGAGAUGAGUGUAAGUCCUGGCCGUUGCUUCAUGAUCGACCUCUUGGUUAGUAGUCUGAUGGCCGACGGAGGGCUGGAGUCUGCUUUGAAUGCUGCCAUCACGGCUGAGAUCCAGGAUAUCGAGGCUAAAAAAGAAGCACAGAAAGAGAAGGAGAUCGAUGAGCAGGAAGCCAGUGCCUCUUCUCUGCAUCGCUGUCGCACCACACUGGACAAAGACCUGAUCAACACCGGCAUCUAUGAGUCAACAAACAAGCAGAGCCUUCCAUUGGUCCAGCUGGUCCAACAACUGCUCAGAAACAUUGCUUCACAGACUAUAGCUCGUCUUAAGGAUGUGGCACGACGAAUCUCAAACUGCCAAGACACGGAGCAGGUCAGCAAGGAGCGCUCGGCCUCUCUGGACCUACUGCUGCGCUUUCAGAGGCUGUUGGUCUGCAAGCUGUAUGUGGGGGUCAGUGGCACUGUGGGUGUGGGAGGAUACACUUUGAGUAACUCAGAGAUUCUGGGAGUUGGGUCUCUUUUGAAGAAGUACAUGGCUUUGCUGUGCACACACAUUGGAGAUAUCCUUCCUGUUGCCACCAGCAUCGCCCUCAACAGUCAUCGUCACUUUGCAGAGGUGGCACGUGUCCUUGAGGGAGAUCUCACAGGUGUUUUGCUGCCAGAGUUGAUUGUCUCCAUCGUGUUACUGCUGACCCGUGAUGCUGGCCUGAUGCAGGAGACUGGAUCCAUUCCUCUCCUCGCCGCUCUUCUGGAGCACGUGGACCGUUUUAACCAUCUCUCCCCUGGAAUGGAGAGAGAUGAUAAUGAGGAUCUCGCCUGGCCUGGACUCAUGGGAUUCUUUUUCAAUGGGUCAAGCUCAAAGAACAACGAGGAAGUGUCGCUUAUCCGCAAAGCUGACCUGGAGAAUCAUAACAAAGAUGGCGGUUUCUGGACUGUCAUUGAAGGGAAGGUCUAUGACAUCAAAGACUUCCAGACGCAAACUUUAACUGGGAACAGCAUCCUCGCCCAGUUUGCUGGAGAAGACCCUGUAGUAGCUUUAGAGGCCGCUCUCCAGGUUGAAGACACAAGGGAGUUCAUGCAAGCUUUCUGUGUGGGACAAUACAUGGAGCCCAACCAGGAAAUGGUGACAACUCCUGACCUGAGCAGUCUGUCCUCACCUCUGAUAGAUGCUGAAAGGAACCUUGGUCUGCUACUGGGACUGCAUGCCUCAUAUUUGGCUAUGAGCACCCCUCUCUCCCGCAUUGAAAUAGAAUGUGCCAAAUGGCUCCAGUCGUCAAUUUUCUUUGGUGGUCUUCAGACGAGUCAGAUCCACUAUAAUUAUAAUGAGGAGAAGGAUGAGGACCACUGCAGCUCUCCUGGGACCACCACACCAGACAAAGCCAAACUCUACUGCCGCAGAAUCACCCUGAGUGAUCACGCCCAGCCCUUCCUGCAGGCCAUCGCUGACAACAACACCCAGGACCACACUGUGAAGGACUUUCUAUGCCAAAUCGAGCGGUGCUGUAAACAGUACCAUCUCAUCACUCCCAUCACUUUUCCGCCUGAACAUCCUGUAGAGGAAGUGGGCCGCCUGCUGCUCUGCUGCCUUCUCAAGCACCAUGACCUUGGUCAUGUCGCCCUCUCACUUGUUGAUCAGUGUGCCUUGGGUGUGGACCAGGGGAAACAGAGGUCCCUCCCUAAAUCUGUGAUUGAUGUGUGUCGAAUGGUGUACCAGGCCAAAUGUUCUUUGAUAAAAACGCACCAGGAGCAAGGCCGCUCUUAUAAGGAGGUGUGCGCCCCAGUGAUCGAGAGGCUGCGUUUCCUGUUCAAUGAGCUCCGGCCUGCUGUCAGCAAUGACCUGUCCAUUGUGUCCAAACUGAAGCUGCUGAGCUCUCAGCCUCGCUGGAAAAGGAUCACGCAGAAACUGAUCAGAGACCGCCGCAAAAAGAGAGUGCCUAAGAAAUCAGAGUCCGCUGAUUUGGAGGAGGACAAGAUGGAGAGGGAAGGGACCAAUGAGGAGCUGCCUGCUCCAAUCAGUCCCGCCCCUGUGGACAAGAAACAAACCACUGUCAGAUCCCCAAAGCAGGAUAAGUGGCAGCCUCUACUAAGCACCAUAGGCAGUGUUCAGAAGUACCGCUGGUUAAAGCACAGCGUUCAGGGCUCCUUCUCUCAGUCCAGCCUCAUGAGCGCCAUCGUUGAGUUUGCUUUGAAAGAGGAACCGCUGGAUGUGGAGAAGAUGAGGAAGUGCCUUCUUAAACAGUUGGAGCGAGCUGAGGUCCGGCUGGAGGGUAUAGAUACUAUGUUGAAGCUGGCAUCCAAAAACUUCCUCCUGCCUUCCGUACAGUACGCCAUGCUCUGUGGUUGGCAGAGAGUCAUACCUGAAGGGACCAAUAUUGGAGAGCCCCUGGCUGACUGCCUAAAGGAUGUAGAUCUCAUUCCUCCAUUUAACCGCAUGUUGCUGGAGGUGACGUUCGGUAAGCUCUAUGCCUGGGCUAUCCAGAAUGUCCGCAACAUCUUGUUGGAGGCCAGCGGCAAGUUCAAGGAGCUGGGGGUGCAGCCAGUGCCUUUGCAGACCAUCACUAAUGAGAACCCAGCAGGCCCCAGUUUGGGAACCAUUCCUCAGGCACGCUUCCUGCUGGCCAUGCUCCAUAUGCUCACUCUCAAACAUGGAGCCAACAGCCUCAGUCUCCUGCUGAACUCUGGCAUCCUCGCCCUCACCCAGAGUGUACUUCGACUCAUUGGUCCCAGCUCUGAUAGCUGUGAAGAGGAGCUGAGCUCUGUAGCUCACGGAGACUCUGCUACAGUUCUCGAGGAGUCCAGGAAGGAGACGACCCCCACCCCUCUUCCUGCCUCUGGCCCUGAAUUGGCAGCUAUGAUGAAGAUUGGCACUAGGGUGAUGAGAGGACCUGACUGGAAAUGGGGAGAUCAGGCAAGUUAA